UCUCGCGGUUCUAUUAUAUAGUGAAAAAUGGCCGGCGUUAGCGACUGUUUCAGCAUUGGAAGUACGGUUGCAUGUAAAACUUGUUAUAAUAAGGAAAUUGAAGGAGAGGUGCUGGCAUUUGACCCACAAACAAAAAUGCUAGUCUUGAAAUGCCCGGCCUCGAAUGGUAGAACUUCUUUGAAUGAUGUACACAUAGUCAAUUUAUCUUUGGUAUCCGAUGUUCAAGUUAAAAGAGAAGUUAGUCCGACGACCAGCGAACCACCGCAAAGCCUUAAUUUACAAAUGCUUAACAGACGAGUACGCAAUCAGAUAGAAGAAAAAAAAAGGCUGGUAAUGGCUCUGCAGGCCGGAGUAUCUCCAGAUGGACAAAAACUUUUUAUCGCCAUUUCAAAAACUAUACAAGAUGUAACGUGGAACGGUGCUAACAUUGUUGUAUUCGAUAAUGUUAUCAUUAGACCGCCAUAUAAAGUUGACAAUGUGCAUGGAAACGAAGAUUCCAGUGCAUAUAAACAUGUUAAGAAAGUUGUCGAAAAACACAUUAAAGAUACUGCAGCAUCUGCUCAGGUACAACAACGAGAACAACAACCACAAAAGGGUAGUAUGAUGCAAUAAAGGCCUAAUUAGGCAUUAUCACCAACCAAGGAAAAAAGCCCUGUGCUUUUGCAAAAGUUCCAUUGUUCAAGAGUAUAAUAGGUGAUAAAAGCAACGGAUUGUUCAAAAGAAGGAACCAUUGCAGAUAUUUAAAAAAAAAGCAAACUAUACAACAAGAAAAUAGAAACAUCCAUCAUAGAUAUCAGAAUCUUAAAUUGAACUGAAUCUAUUUGUUUAAACAUAAAUAGAAAAAGGAAUUCAACAAAAACUUUACAAAAAGCAAUCUAAGUAACAUUAAUCAUAUUCGCAUUAAAUAACAGCAUUUUAUAACUCAGUGGAACGUAUCAUUCACACAAUUAUUCAGUCGCUCUAGAUUUAGCUAAAGACAAAUUGUUUAUUUUAUUCAACAAGCUGCCGUACUCUGAUGAUACUCUACUGGCACUAUUUUUUAUUAUCGCAUACUGAUGUAAGUGUUUUUUUUUAGUUUACAUCCUAUUGUGUUUUGGACAAAUUUAGUGAGUUUUGUUACUAAGUUAUUAGAAAAAAUUCAUUUAUAUAUAUGCACAUAUGUAUAUAUAUAGUAUUAUUAUAAUUAAGUCCAAAAUAUAAAGAUGAGUAAAAAAAGACUAUAAUCUUCCAUGAACAUACAUCAGCAUCAAGAAAGAAAGAAAUAUGAUACGAUUUCAAUCCGUAUGAAACGGUUCUCAAACUUCUUUAUAAGAAUAUUGUUGAAAUUUGAGAAUAAUUCUUUUUUAAAAAUGCCAAUACACGGUUUCAUUACAAAAUAACUUUCUUUUUGUAAUGAACAAUGUCAUUUCUUUGGAACACAAUUUUACAUAUUUUUAAGACGUUAUAAUAAUAAGUGAUUGUUUGUCAUUUGAACGAUUACGCGUGCGCUGCAGCUUAUCGGAUAAAAAUUUCUAAAUUAUAUUAGAUAAAUUAUAGCAAUCUUAUCAAAAAAGAAAAGCAACAACUCACGAACAAACAAAUAUGGAACAUAAAAAUUUAUAUUAAAAUAAUGCUGCCAGGUGAUAUCAAACUGGCUGCACCGGCACGAGACGUUUUCAGUUAUUAAUUAUUGUUGAGGACAAUAGAAAUAAUUAAAAUAAUAAUAAUAAUAAUGAAAUUACCCCUUGCGCAAGGCGAAUCGUAAAGGAAUGUGUAAUUUAGAAAAGAGGAAGCCAUUCGACUUAUGCAAGGGUAAAGCGUAGUUGAUCUUGUAUUUUAAAAGAGUUGACAUCGCUUGUCCAAUCCAUUAACAGAAUUCGCCUCGUGCCCUUUACCAUUCAAACUUUCUAAGAGGUAGAGAGCAAAUGUGGAAGAAAAUGUGUAUGAAAGAGAGAAAGUGAAUGGAAUGGAAAAGAAAAAAGAAAAACUGAUUAUAAGAACAAUUACAAAAAAAGACAUAAAUAAAUGUAAUAUAAAUU